CCAUUUCCUCCGCCUCGGUGCCUGCUAUGUCGAGUGGCGGCUCGAGCUCUUCCUCGCGGAAGGAGUUCGAUGUCAAGCAGAUCCUCCGGAUCCGAUGGCGGUGGUUCGGUCACCCCGCCGUCCCUCAGCCUCACUCCCCGCCGCUAAGAGACUACUUCCCCGGGAGGAGAACGGUCGGCAACUCCUCAGAGGGACCUUCGUUUAGCGGUGGUGACAGCUCGACUCCAGCCGGCGUUAACAACACCAGCGGGCUGGUGACUAGCGGGAGCACCGGGUUUAACAUUUGCAACAGCAGAAAGUUUGUUGAUCUGCCGGGGAGUCGGAGCACCUCGGGUGGAGCUGGAGCAACCGGGAGCUCCUGUCCUCGCUCGGUGAGCCAGCCAGAGUGCAGAAGCUCCUCCGCGGCGUGGGUUUCUCCGCAGCCACGUCGCCGCACUCGCCCGGUGUCGAGCAUGGAGCCCUCCGGCGAGGCCCCGGUGCUCCAGAUGGUGCCCGAGCCGUCCGCUCACGUUGGCGUCAACGGGGAAGCAGCAGCGGUGGCGGCGAGCAGCGAGGAGAACAACCACCACCACCCGGACACCGACUCCAGCUCCUGCAGGACGUCCAACAGCAGCGCCACGCUGUCAUCAGGCGUGUCGAUGGAGCCAUGCGCAUGUCCCGACGAGAGCUUGUUCACCACUCUGUCUCAUGCCGACGUCACAUUCCGAAAGAUGGAGGGCUACUUAAGAAGCCGGCAGCUAUGUGAUGUCACACUCGUGGCUGGAGACAGAAGGAUACCUGCGCACAGGCUGGUACUCUCGUCUGUGUCGGACUACUUUGCGGCCAUGUUCACCAGCGAUGUGCGGGAGGCUAAGCAAGAUGAGGUGAAGAUUGAGGGUGUUGACCCUGAUGCAUUGUGGGUCCUGGUUCAAUAUGCAUACACGGGUCGUCUGGAGUUGAGGGAGGACACCAUUGAGUCUCUGCUGGCAGUCUCGUGUCUUCUGCAGUUGUCUUCUGUGGUCCAGGCCUGCUGUUCCUUCCUCAUGAAGCAGCUCCACCCUUCCAACUGCUUGGGCAUCCGCUCCUACGCUGACGCUCAGGGCUGCCACGACCUCCAGAGGGCUGCUCACGCCUACAUCAUGGAAAAUUUUCUGGAGGUCGUCGGAGGCCAAGAGUUCUUGCUUCUCCCAUUGGACGAGAUGGAACAGCUGCUCAAGUCCGAUGACAUUAACGUUCCGGAUGAGGAGACUGUAGUAACCUCAUUGUUAACCUGGGUGCGUCACAAUGCCGAUGCCCGCCAAAGGCACCUGCCACUGCUUCUCGCUCACGUCAGACUACCACUCCUGCAACCACAGUUCUUAGCAGACUUAGAGACAAGCCCCCUUCUUCGAGACAGCGUGGACUGCCAGCGACUGCUGAUGGAGGGAAUGAAGUACCACCUUUUGCCCCAGCGUCGGCCCAUGUUGCAGAGCCCGCGCACGCGGCCCCGUAAGGCCACCGUUGGGGCUAUGUUUGCCGUUGGCGGCAUGGAUGCCACAAAAGGUGCUACCAGUAUCGAGCAGUACUGUCUGCGGCGUGACAAGUGGAGGCAGGUGGCAACCAUGAGCGGUCGGAGGCUUCAGUUUGGCGUAGCCGUCCUGGAUGGCCGCAUCUAUGUGGUAGGGGGCCGAGAUGGACUCAAGACCCUCAACACAGUGGAGUGUUACAACCCUCAGAGCAAGGCCUGGAGCGUCAUGCCGCCUAUGUCCACACACAGACAUGGCCUGGGUGUAGCCGUCCUUGAGGGGCCCAUGUACGCAGUGGGAGGACAUGACGGUUGGAGCUACCUCAGCACAGUAGAAAGGUGGGAUCCUCAAGCUCGCCAGUGGAGUUUCGUAGCCAGCAUGGCCACGCCCAGAAGCACUGUAGGAGUGGCUGUACUCAAUGGCAAGUUGUACGCAGUCGGAGGUCGUGAUGGCUCCUCCUGCCUGCGUUCGGUGGAGUGUUUUGACCCUCACACCAACAGGUGGAUUGCUUGUGCUCCCAUGGCAAAACGGCGUGGCGGUGUGGGCGUGGCUACGUGGCACGGUUUCCUGUAUGCCAUUGGUGGUCACGAUGCUCCUGCCUCAUCGCUAGCUUCGCGACUAAGUGACUGUGUGGAAAGAUAUGACCCUCAGACCGAUGUGUGGACAGCAGUGGCUCCCAUGAGUAUCAGCAGAGAUGCAGUGGGUGUUUGUCUCCUCGGCGACCGUCUCUACGCUGUGGGCGGUUAUGAUGGACUCGUGUAUCUCAGUACAGUGGAGGCUUAUGACCCUCAGACUAAUGAGUGGACACAGGUGGCGCCACUGUGUCUGGGCCGCGCUGGAGCGUGUGUGGUGGUGGUCACCUGCAACCACUCCUCACCUGCAACCACACCACCGAGCCAAACUGCCAUGCAGCCGUCAUUGACUUCAGCAUGACAGACACUUUUCUUUCCUGCAGAUGGAAAUUCCCACACAUAGCUAUCUCUACCGGUGGGUAAGUUGAGACUGUGGUUUGUAGCGUCGUCAUGUUAAUGUAUUCAUGGUUAUUUGACACAGACGUUGGCAAGAGCUUACUCACUGACAUAAAAAGAUGUUUGACAUAAUCAGCACAACUUGAAGGAAUCACAAACCUCCUCCUCCUCCUCCUCUUCUGCAUUGUGUACAGCUCAUCUCUGUAUUGUUACCAAGUAUUAUGGCAAGGAUGUUUCCACAGAAGGCACUUUGCAGGUUCCACUCUAUUAUUCAUGACAGCACCUUUUUUGGUCAAUGUGAGAUAAAACCAGGCUUCAUCCUCGAGUUCAUGUUGCCUUCAGGGUGCACUCCAUCCAGCACACAUGCACACUGAACGUGAACAAAGCUGGAGGCAGAGUAGAUAGACGACAAUGAGUAUUGGUGCCACACUGAAAGAAAAAAAGCAGUAUAUUUGUUAACUUUGUUACUGUUAACUUCAUUCAUUCAGUUUUUAUUAUUGUUUAUUUUUAUUUUUUAUUAUUUUGUUUCAGCUUCAUUUCUUCUCAUGACUAAAAUUCCAAUGUUUUUUUGUAAUAUGAUUUCUUUCUAAUAAAAAUUUUAUAAUAAAAACUUUUUUCUCUUUUCAAAUAGAAUUAGCUUUAUACUCAUACUUUUUUUUUUACUACUCGCCAUAUGACUUUAUUUCAAUUAAAAUAUUUUGUUCUUAUGAGAAUACAAGUCUAGUUCUAUGAAAAUUAAUUAAUGACAAUUAUCUGUAUUAUGACUUUAUUUUCAUAAAAUUAACACUACUUUUCCAAAUAUGUUUGUCAUGUUGAAUUGUUUCAACUUUAAGUCAUAUCGCAUUGUCUUGUUGUAUUCUGACUUGAUUCUCACGACUCGUCGAUUUCAACGCUAUUAAUCUGUAAUAUUCAGGCUGCUUCUCACAAAAGUACAAGUGAAUGUAAUAUUCCAACUACAUGUAAAGCAAAUAAUGUAAAUUCUAUGUAGAAUAAAAAUAUAAUAGUAAGUCAAUAUUGUUCUCGCAGCCAUUUUCUGCAAUAUUGCUAUUUUACCCCAUUAGACGCUACAGCCUCUCUGACCAGGCUCCAGCAUACCCACUACCCUAGUUAGGAUAAGUGACAUAGAAAAUGGAUGGAUUUCUGGUAAUAUGAAAAAUGCAUGCUCAUCAUCCCCUCUUUAUUCUAUAAUAUUAGGAUUUUACUUGAUUUUACUUUUGUAAUAAAAUACGUAUUAUUGUAAUGAAAAUUUUAUUUUUUUUGUAAUAAAAUAUUAUUCUAUUUUAUUUCCUGUGCGUGCAUGGGUUUUCUACUCAGGUUUCCUCCCACAUUCCAAAAACAUGCUAGGUUAAUUGGCGACUCCAAAUUGUCCAUAGGUAUGAAUGUGAGUGUGAAUGGUUGUUUGUCUAUAUGUGUCCUGUGAUUGGCUGGCAACCAGUCCAGGGUGUACCCCACUUCUCUACUUUUUCCAGUGUGACCCUAAUACUCCAUGAAGACAACAAAAACGUCACUUUAGACUAUAGUGAGGUUCACAGAAAAAUACAUUUUUUUUCUUAUUAUUUUUGCAAACAUCUACAUGUUUAAUAUUAUACACUUGAGGAUGUGUGAUUGUUUUUGCUACAGCUACAGCUGUAUUUUCUCUUGUUUUAUACCAAAUAAAGUGACACAAUAAAAUACUGUACAUACAGUAAAUAU